AUGCCUCACACAAAUAAAAAAGUCAACAAUCAGCAAUGGAAAGGUGGCAACGGUAAAAGAAAAAGGAAGUUCGACGGAGAACAAGAUGCCAGUGUGAUGAAAGUUCUGAAAGAAAAAAGACUGCAGAAAAAACGAAAGCAAGAUUUGAAAGGACAGGAGGAGAAAAUGCUCGAAGAGGUUGAAAACAAGUAUCAGGAAAUGCUCAAGAAAAGUUCUCGUACGUUUCUUCGCUUUGAAGAUUUCCCACUGUCAUGGAGAACUCUCGAAGGCCUCAAAGAAAAUGAAUAUGUGAAGCCCACUGAAAUUCAAAGAGACACUAUUGCUCAUUCUCUCACUGGAGCUGAUGUGGUUGGAGCAGCAAAAACAGGAAGUGGAAAAACAUUGGCUCUUGUCAUUCCUAUUUUAGAAGCUCUUUGGCGGGUCAAAUGGUCUCCCGAGUAUGGUCUUGGUGCUCUCGUCAUUUCCCCGACUCGUGAGCUUGCACUUCAAACAUUCAGUACAAUUAAUGCUGUUGGAAAACAUCAUGGAUUCUCAUGUGGACUGGUGAUUGGAGGAAGUGAAGUAGCGUUUGAAAGAAACCGAAUCAGUGGCAUCAACAUUAUUGUUUGCACUCCUGGUAGACUCCUACAACAUAUGGAUGAAAACGAACAGAUGAACUGUGACUCGUUGCAAAUUCUCGUAUUGGAUGAAGCCGACCGAAUGCUCGAUAUGGGUUUCUCGAAACAGUUGAACUCAAUCAUCAACAACCUUCCUGCAGAAAGACAAACCCUUCUAUUCUCGGCAACCCAAACCAGGAAUGUGAAGGAUCUUAGCAGAGUUUGUACUAAUGAUCCAGUAUUCGUUUCUGUUCACGAGAACUCAGCCGCAGCCACUCCAGAUAAUUUGAAGCAGUCUUACGUUGUUGUCGAAGAAGAAAUAAAAAUAAAUACCCUUUGGUCGUUUAUCGAGGCACACAAGAAGAAGAAGUCACUAGUGUUCGUGAGUAGUUGCAAGCAAGCUCGAUUCUUGACGGAAGUAUUCUCUCAACUUCGACCUGGUCUUCCAGUAAUGGGCUUGUGGGGAACGAUGAAUCAGAAGAAGCGAAUCGAGACGUUCACGAAAUAUGACGAGAGCAAAGCUGCAGUUCUCAUCGCUACAGAUGUUGCUUCAAGAGGUCUCGAUUUCGAACGAAUUGACUGGGUCAUCCAGGUUGAUUGUCCAGCUCAAAUCGAUGAUUACAUUCAUCGUGUCGGUAGAAGUGCAAGAAUGGAGGAGUCUGGUAAUUCCCUUCUAAUGGUAACCUCGUCUCAAGAAGAAGCUAUGAUUUCCAAACUGGCUAAACACUCGAUUCCUAUCGAAGAAUUGAAAAUCCAUCCAGAUGCGAUGACUGAUGUCCGAUUGAAACUUCGUGCUAUUCUUGCGGAAUCACAAGAACUGAAAGAAUAUGCACAGAAAAGUAUUGUCGCUUAUCUUCGAUCGAUUUAUACCAUGAAAGAUAAAAAGAUCUUCAAUGUGAACACCAUUGAUGCUGCUGCUCUCGCCGAUUCAUUUGGUCUUGUAUCUGUGCCAAGAAUACGGUUCCUCGACAAGAAUAAGAAUGACAAGAAGAAAACAAAAACGACAACAAUUAAAGCUGCUGAUGAUAAUUGUGACGAAAGUGAAGACGAAGAAGAGCAGAAACCUUCAAAAGAUCAUUCUCUUGUUGGCAAGUUUGCGAUUGAUGAGGAAGAUGAAGAUCUGUUCACAGUGAAGAAAUCCAAAGAUGGCACAGAAGAUCAGCCCAAGGAGGAAUUUAAAGUAGAAGAAGAGGAGGAAGUGGCGGAGAAGAUCACUUUGAAAAAGAACAAACCACUCAAGAAGGCGUUGACUAAAGUCGGAGCUGCAAAGAAGAUUCUCAACAAGAACCUUCGAGUCAACACGAAGAAGACGUUCGAGGAGGAUGAUGAUGCGAAGGUUGAAGGACCGUCGACCAUGACAUCAUACGGUUUAGAUAUUGAAAAAGCGAAGCAGGACAUGAAGAGCGUUGACAAAGAGGAUCGUCGUAGAUUCAAAGAGCUUCGUGAACAGAGGCGUCAAGAGAAGUUGGCAAAGAAGAAUAAGAAGUCAGAGGUGUUUGAAAUGGAAGCGGAAGAAACUGAUGAUGAACCUGAUAUUUCUUGGCUUCCGGAUCCAGAUGCUGUUCGGACAAAAUAUGAGGAGAGUGAUGACAACUACGAGUCAAUGGAUGCAUCGUUGCUGGAAAAACAAGCAUUGGCGAUGCUCGGAAGAAACUGA